AUGGCCAUUCAGUGCAACCCGCGUUUCGCGCAGACUUUGAACAACCUGGGUGUGGCUUACACCACGUCGGGCAGGUUGACUGAGGCGCUCGAGUACUUGUCCAGGGCGGUUGCGGUGGCGCCAAAUUAUGCCGAAGCCUACAACAACUUGGGCUGGCUAUUUUGGGACCAUGGAGACCUGGCACAGGCUCUGCGCAUGUACGAGCGCUGCAUUGAGCUCUCCCCGACGUCCAAGAACCCUUCACAAAAUCGCUGCCUGGCACUACUGGUUCAGGGUUUGAGGUUAAGGGAUGAGGGCUUGGGGGUUUAG